CACAAGCUCAAACCGAAGUAUGAACAGCGGGUCUCCAUCGAUCUAUGCCUCUUUACUCUUUUGCUCUGAAUGGGAGAAAAAAAGGAAAAGAAUUUAAUGAAAAUUUGCCUAACUUGAGAAGAUUCCAGGGAAGCACCCACUAUGCAUAUCAACACACUCUCUCAAAAAGGUCAACAGAGAAGAGAAGAAGAAGAAUUGAAGAAGAAGAUGAUAAUAAAGUGCAACGGCACUAGCUAGUUUUCUUGAAUCUAUGUAUAUAUCCUCCGGGAUUUUAAUUUGAUGCUGCUGAAGCUAGUAUAGCAAGCAAAACCAUGGUCUUAAUUUCUUGGAUCUCUAUCCGUCUAUCUAUCAUCAUACCCAUCCCACCAUUAAUGCUCUAGCUAGUACACUACUUAAGUUGUUAGCUAGGGUACUGAAGAAUUGAAGCUGCAGCUCAAGAAAGUAGAAACAAGAAACCAGAAACCCCGGCAUCUCAGAUCAGUCACUCAAAUUUCUGGGCAGUGUAGAUCUAGUUAUCUAUCAGAAUUGGGGGCUUGGUUGAUGUAAUUGGUGAUGAAUUUCAUGUCGAACGAUAGACAAGCAGGUAUGCGUUCUUCUUCUUCUUCUGCUUCUUCUUCUUCUACUUCUUCACAGCAGAGACAUUCGGCGGCUCUCUCUUACGGGAUUCGGCAACAAGGGGUUUGGUUUGAUGAGGGUUGCUCUUCGUGUCCGACUGGGAACAAUAAUGGGGAUGGGAGAGAGAUUAUUGAGAGAGAGCACAUGUUUGACAAGGUGGUGACUCCGAGCGAUGUGGGAAAGCUGAACCGGUUGGUGAUACCGAAGCAGCACGCGGAGAAGUAUUUCCCGCUGGACUCGUCGAGCAACGAGAAGGGUCUGCUGUUGAACUUCGAGGACAGGAAUGGGAAGCCAUGGCGGUUCAGGUACUCGUACUGGAACAGUAGCCAAAGCUAUGUGAUGACCAAAGGGUGGAGCCGGUUCGUCAAGGAUAAGAAGCUGGACGCUGGGGAUAUUGUGUCUUUCCACCGCGGGCUGGGUGAAUUGGGGAAAGAUCGUCUGUUUAUCGACUGGAGACGCCGCCCCAAUCCCCACCAUGAAUUUCACCUCACCGCCGCCGCCAUUCCGCACCACUUCUCUUUCAACCGCUCCGUUCAUCAUCAUCAUUACCCGCCGCCGCCGCUGCCGGCGGGAGGUUGGAAUUAUCAUGCCAUGUUCCCAGGGGGGCACUCUCAUUCACACAAUUCAUAUGCCUACAAUAAUUACGCAAUUGGGUGUGGUCCUCCUCUUCCUCCUCCUCCUAACUAUCCCACCUUCAAUUCCCAAUUCAACCCCGCCGCGGCGCUAAACGGAAACCCUUGCCCGGGCGGUUCAACAAUUUAUUAUCACAGAUCGGCAGAAGAAGAGGCGCCUCCGGCUCAAAGCGGCGGCGGCGGUGGGGCUGUGGUUUUAGAGUCGGUACCGGUGGUCCAAGGCAAGACUGCUGCAACAGCAAAGCGACUGAGACUGUUCGGCGUGAACAUGGAGUGCCCCAUUCCCGAAUCCGACGACUGCUCUUCGCCGGCCGCCUUAAUCCCAUCUUCAUAUCACCUAUCGUCUUCCUCUUAUGGAGAUGGACCAUCUGAUCAAGAUUCGCCUUUUGACAAAGCCAAGACUACAUCUUCCUCCAUGUCCUUGGAUUUGGAUAUCUGACACCAUUCACCCAUCCCGCCCGCCGGCAAAAAACGGAACCAUGGAUUCCGGCCUAUUCCGAUCCUUUUGCUAAAAUACUAAGAUUCACGUUAUUAUUAUUAUUAUUAUUAUUAAAAAAAAUUGUGUAUAACACCCCGCAAUAUAAUAGAGAUCAUAUGAUAUGAUACAUAAAUCUAUAUAUAUAUUUAUAUGAUUACAUAGCAAUGCUAUCAUCAACAAUUUGAAUUCCUACUGUAUGAAGGGCUUGGCCGCCGGAAUAUUCAAUUCAUGCAUCAUAUCCUCCGAUCCAUUAUUCAAUUUGUUUUGAAA